AAGAGACGUCUUCUUCUUCGUCGACUGUUUAUUUACAUCGCCACUCCGGCUCCUCAUAGCCUAUUUCUGGCGGACAAAUCGGCCAGUCACUGACGGGUUAUACAAGUGGUCAUACUUUCGGAUCUCUUCUGCCAAGUGCUCUUCUAUUUGGUCCAUUUUCGUUCUUCUAAAUCUUCCGUGAUUUCCGCGUAUUGUGGGGCAUGAAACUGGAAACUAGACUCCGGACGGGAUGUAGUAAGCAGACCAAUCACAAGCCUUGCGGGCUGCGUGAGGCUCGCGUCGUUUUCUUUUUUAUCACUGCGUGAGGCUCGCGUCGCUUUGUCGUGUAGUUAGAAAAAUUGGCGGACGCACGCAAGCCCGCAGAGGGGACGAAAGGGGCGUGUUGCGUGUCUUGCGUGCAUGCGUGCGUGCAACCCGACUAUAAUUCGGCCAAUGGAGUUCUACAACUGACCUGUGGAGGGCAGCAUCCAGGCUGCCACAAAUCGCAUAAUAAGAAUAAGAAGUAAAACCGCAGAAGAAGAACAAGAUAAUUCAAUAUGGCAGCACUCUACAGUCGCACCUGAUACGCAACGACUUAGGUCAAACACAUAACGUCAGUCUUGAGAUUUUUAACAAGAAUUACACCAAUGCUUCCAGAAACGUAUCGGUGGUUCAAGGCGGCUCUGUCGCCGUUUUCUCAAACCACUUCCUUAAAGGAGCUGAGACGGCUGUCUGCACAUGGGGGAACCAGUCGCUUUCAGGCCCGGAGAUACUUCGGCGUAAGCCGCCGUCUGACAGCCAAGGUCCCCCGGGUGCGUAAACCAAGGGAGAGAGUGGAUAUCCCUGGGCUGGAGAUGGUCACCUACGCGGAUAGGAUGCACUAUGUGCCAGGGCUGGCUAGGCCUUUGUUCCCCGCGUGGGAGAGGGACUACAAGGACCCGAGAUAUUACAGAUCUCCUCCCCCCCACGACAUGCCGCUGUACAAAGAGAAACCGUGCUAUAUUUACAACCAGAGGACCAGCGCGCUGGAAGGUGUGCGACAGGCUCUGUGGUUGACCAAAACAAAGCUGAUCUCUGGUCUGCCCCUUCAGCUCAUCUCAGCGGCUGAGAGUCCCGCCAAUCAAAUACCAGAUCAGGAUGAACGCGUUCAGAAUGCCAUCAAACAUGCCCGUUUCUGGGAUACAACAGAGGAACGUCCGGGAAAAGCAAAAUACAGCAAAACUCUGCUCACUAACCUGAUCCACCUGUGUGCGACUCUACAGUCCAGUCACCCUGCGAUUGGAAGGAAGAUCUUUGCUGAGAAGUACUCGUUGGCAGCUACAUGGAAAAGAGGUGACGACUUAUUCCAGAUCAGGGGUCAGAACGGUUUACUUCACAGCUCGAUGGAUCCUCUCCCAGCAGUGUCUGGGAAACAGGAAGUUGUGGACACGGCAGAUCAUGUCCUGGAAACCUUCUAUCCAGUCUCCCCUACCAUUGACCUGCAGAAAAUGAAUGUGUACAAGGAGAAUGUGAAUUGCACAGGUUUCACUGGGGACCACCCGUACCCUCAUGCCCACACAAUUUACUUCAUGGAGGGAGCUGAUCCUCACUUUAAGCUCAGCCCAGAAAGGUUCAGAGCCAGCAUGCUCAUGUUCACCUUUGGAAAUGCUCUGGCCCAGGCACACAAACUGUAUGGGACUGAGCCCCAGCAUGUAUUACAUUGUCCAAUAACAGUACAGGCAGUGGGGACCAAUGGUAGAAUAUUCCAGUUUUUGGUUUUCCAGCUCAACACCACCGACCUCUCAGGAAAUGAUGGCAUCAAAAACCAGGUGUGGCUUGAUGAAGAUGUUGAUCUUUACGGUUUUGCAAAAGUCCGACCACUGAUCAAGAAGAAACAAGUGAAGGUACCAUCUGGUCUGGCGGGAUACAACUCGGAAACAUUCAGAAAGUUCCUGGCCCUGUACCUGCACGGAGCUGUGUAGGACUGCUAACCUCAGAAGUUUGAGUGCGUGUGUUUUUGUAUUUAUUUGGGAUCUAAACCAGUGUCUUACUAGAAAACUCCUUUCUUUUAAAUGAUUAAUGAUCUCGUCCAGGACAUAUUCAGAUUUCUUGACAAGAAAAGUUCACUGCAACAACACUUCUUAUUUUACACACCCUGUUAAAGUUUAGUCAAUAAAUCUGUCACUCUGA